CGGCCAGCCAGGGCCAGGGGGCGGUGGCGGCCAAGGUCCGACCGGGUGCCAGCUGUUCCCAGCCCCCGCCUCGGGCCCGCCGCCGGCGCCGCCAUGGGCAAGAAGCACAAGGCCGAGUGGCGCUCGUCCUACGAGGAUUAUGCCGACAAGCCCCUGGAGAAGCCUCUAAAGCUAGUCCUGAAGGUCGGAGGAAGUGAAGUGACUGAACUCUCAGGAUCCGGCCACGACUUCAGUUACUAUGAUGACAGGUCAGACCAUGAGCGAGAGAGGCACAAAGAAAAGAAAAAGAAGAAGAAGAAGUCCGAGAAGGAGAAGCAUCUGGACGAUGAGGAAAGAAGGAAGCGAAAGGAAGAGAAGAAGCGGAAGCGAGAGAGGGAGCACUGUGACACGGAGGGAGAGGCUGACGACUUUGAUCCUGGGAAGAAGGUGGAGGUGGAGCCGCCCCCAGAUCGGCCAGUCCGAGCGUGCCGGACACAGCCAGCCGAAAAUGAGAGCACACCUAUUCAGCAACUCCUGGAACACUUCCUCCGCCAGCUUCAGAGAAAAGAUCUCCAUGGAUUUUUUGCUUUUCCUGUCACGGAUGCAAUUGCUCCUGGAUAUUCAAUGAUAAUAAAACAUCCCAUGGAUUUUGGCACCAUGAAAGACAAAAUUGUAGCUAAUGAAUACAAGUCAGUUACGGAAUUUAAGGCAGAUUUCAAGCUGAUGUGUGAUAAUGCAAUGACAUACAAUAGGCCAGAUACCGUGUACUACAAGUUGGCGAGGAAGGUCCUUCACGCAGGCUUUAAGAUGAUGAGCAAAGAGCGGCUGUUAGCUUUGAAGCGCAGCAUGUCGUUUAUGCAGGACAUGGAUUUUUCUCAGCAGGCAGCUCUUUUGGGCAAUGAAGAGACAGCUGUUGAGGAACCUGUCCCUGAAGUUGUACCAGUACAAGUAGAAACUGCCAAGAAAUCCAAAAAGCCGAGUAGAGAAGUUAUCAGCUGCAUGUUUGAGCCUGAAGGGAACGCCUGCAGCUUGACGGACAGUACCACAGAGGAGCACGUGCUGGCGCUGGUGGAGCACGCAGCUGAUGAAGCUCGGGACAGGAUCAACCGGUUCCUCCCAGGCGGCAAGGGCCCUGGCCCUCCUGUGGGCUCUGAGACUUUGCAUGGAUCGGCGGUGGGGAGCUGUCCCCACACAAACGUCCGGCUCUUCUCAGGCCAGAUGGGCUACCUGAAGAGGAACGGGGACGGGAGCCUGCUCUACAGUGUGGUCAACACGGCCGAGCCAGACGCUGAUGAGGAGGAGACCCACCCGGUGGACUUGAGCUCGCUCUCCAGUAAGCUACUCCCAGGCUUCACCACGCUGGGCUUCAAAGACGAGAAAAGAAACAAAGUCACCUUUCUCUCCAGUGCCACUACUGCGCUUUCGAUGCAGAAUAAUUCAGUAUUUGGCGACUUGAAGUCGGACGAGAUGGAGCUGCUCUACUCAGCCUACAGAGAUGAGACAGGCGUGCAGUGUGCGCUGAGCCUGCAGGAGUUUGUGAAGGAUGCUGGGAGCUACAGCAAGAAAGUGGUGGACGACCUCCUGGACCAGAUCACAGGCGGAGACCACUCUAGGACGCUCUUCCAGCUGAAGCAGAGAAGAAAUGUUCCCAUGAAGCCUCCAGAUGAAGCCAAGGUUGGGGACACCCUAGGAGACAGCAGCAGCUCUGUUCUGGAGUUCAUGUCGAUGAAGUCCUAUCCCGACGUCUCUGUGGAUAUCUCCAUGCUCAGCUCUCUGGGGAAGGUGAAGAAGGAGCUGGACCCUGACGACAGCCAUUUGAACUUGGAUGAGACGACGAAGCUCCUGCAGGACCUGCACGAAGCACAGGCGGAGCGCGGUGGAUCUCGGCCGUCGUCCAACCUCAGCUCCCUGUCCAACGCCUCCGAGAGGGACCAGCACCACCUGGGAAGCCCUUCUCGCCUGAGUGUCGGGGAGCAGCCAGACGUCACCCACGACCCCUAUGAGUUUCUUCAGUCUCCAGAGGCUGCGGCCUCUGCCAAGACCUAACUCUAGACCACCUUCAGCUCUUUUAUUUUUUUAGUUUUAUUUUGCACGUGUAGAGUUUUUGUCAUCAGACAAGGACUUUGAUCCUGUCCCCUUUGGCAUGCGGGAAGCAGCCCUGGGGAGGUAAUGAAUUGUCUGUGGUAUCAUGUCAGCAGAGUCUCCAAGCCCCACGAACCCUGGGGAGUGGAGUCAUACGCUAAGGCCAUAUGGCCAUCGUGUCAGCAGAGAGAGUCUCUGUACACAGCCCUGUGAACCCUGAGGAGUGGAGUCAUACACGAAGGGCGUGUGGCCAUCGUGUCAGCAGAGAGAGUCUCUGUACACAGCCCCGUGAACCCUGAGGAGUGGAGUCAUAUGCGAAGGGUGUGUGGCCAGGCCGCAGAGCUGCGUGCCGUCUGUGUCCGAGCAUCACGUGUAGCUCCAGCCCUUAUUUCUGCCAGUGUAGACACCUCUGUCUGCCCCACUGUCCUGGGGUCGCUCUUGGGAGGCACAGGCAUGGGUGUGUCUGGCCUCAUUCUGUAUCAGUCCUGCGUGUUCCUGUCAUAGUUUGUGUUUCCCAGGCAGGCCAUGGUAGGGGCCUCGCAGGGGCCACUGGGGAGCACAGGGCCAGGCUGGGGUGAGGAGAGCUCCCCUGUUUUCUGUUUAAUUGAGCCUGGGAAAGGAGUGUGUUCUGCCUGCCCGUUACAGUGGAGCGUUCCGUGUCCAUAAAACAUUUUCUAACUGGG